GGUGGCGGUGCGGAUGGCGGCGGGCUGGGCAAUGAUCUAAUCAUGUCGGAUAAAGAUGAUAUUGAGACUGAAGUGAUAACUGAAGCAACCUCCAUCCUUGAAGAUGAGAACUGUGAGCCAACCAAGAAUUUUGAGUCAGUUGACCAAAGUGCCAAGUCAGAGAGUAAAUCAGAACCUGUAGCUUCUACUCGGAAAAGACCAGAGUCCAAACCUUCCAGUGACCUUGAGACUUCAGACGUUCUCCCUGUUCAGACAUCACAGGCUGCAGGCAAAGAGACUGUUUCCAAAGAUGUACCCCAGACCGGAUGGGGCUAUUGGGGAAGUUGGGGCAAGUCCUUGCUCUCCUCAGCCUCAGCUACAGUAGCCACAGUAGGACAAGGUAUUUCAAAUGUCAUUGAGAAGGCAGAGACUUCCCUUGGAAUCCCUAGUCCCAGUGAAAUUUCAUCUGAAGUCCAGUAUGCAACAGGAGAGACAAAUGCCAAAGAGAAUGAAAACUCCUCUCCCAUGAGUGGGCCAUUUGGGGUAUUCUCUACCAUCUCUACUGCUGUUCAGAGCACAGGAAAGAGUGUUAUCAGUGGGGGUUUGGAUGCCUUAGAAUUCAUUGGGAAAAAGACAAUGGAUGUAAUAGCAGAAGGGGAUCCUGGAUUUAAAAGAACCAAGGGUCUGAUGAACCGGACUUCCACACUGUCUCAGGUUUUAAGAGAGGCAAAGGAGAAAGAAGAGUUAUGGACCGCCAAUGAGGUUACCAUGGAAACGGAUAAGAAAACUCAUUAUGGGCUACUCUUUGAUGAAUUUCAAGGCCUUUCACAUCUAGAAGCUCUGGAGAUGCUCUCCCGAGAAAGUGAAAUAAAGGUGAAAUCUAUUCUUAAUUCUCUAAGUGGAGAAGAAUUGGAGACUCUAAAAUUUGAAUUGGAGCAACUCAAAGAAGCAUUUUCCCUAGCAGAGUUCUGUGAGGAAGAGGAGGAAGAGAAGAAAGGGGAUGAAGACUUUACCAAAGAGAUAACAGAGCUAUUUUCCCAGCUGCAUGUCUCCUCCAAACCAGAGAAACUUACUAGGGCAAGAAAUACAGCCUGUGAAUGGAUCAGGAUAUCUCUGGCCAAACCAUUAGAAGAGAAGGAAGAAGGAAAAAAACAGUUGGAAGCAGAAAAAAUUGAGCAAAUCAAUAACAAUUCAAUAGAGGAUAUCCAUGCAUUUGCAAUCAGGAGCCUAGCAGAACUGACUGCCUGCUCAAUUGAACUGUUUCACAAAACAGCGGCUCUGGUUCUGCAUGGCAGGAAGCAGGAAGUAACAGCCAUAGAAAGGAGCAGAGCCCUUUCCCAGAUGACAGUUGUGUUGUGUAAAGAGUUGUCCUCUCUGUCUAAAGAGUUCACCACCUGCCUAACAACUGCUGGGGUCAAGGAAAAGGCAGACGUCCUUAAUCCGUUAAUCACUGCAGUAUUUCUAGAGGUUAGUAGUACUAAUUGUUUUUUAAGUCUCUAA